GCAGCAGCACCGAGCUCCUCUGCAUCCUCCAUCCUGAGCGUGAUACAGGAGGAGAAGAAGAGCAAAAGAGGAGCAGAAGAGGAGGAAGGAGGACAUGUGCUGUUAGAAUAGAAAGCUCUGCAGUUUAUUCUCAGCAGGAGGAAAAAGGAGGAUCGGAGAUGCUGCCCUGCUCCUCCUCGGCGCAGAUGAUGGAGGGAUGUGAGGAAGAGGCGCACAUGCGGACAGAGUGUGAUCGGCUGACGGAGCAGAGAGACGAGGCGGAGCGACAACUCAAACACAUCAGGAGAGUGUCUCAGAUGGUGAUUGAGGAGGUGAGCGUUCUGCAGACUCAGCUGGAGAUUGAGAAGUCGUGUCGGGAGAAUGCAGAGGCCCUGGCAACAAAGCUGAACUGUGAGAACAGGAAGUUAAAGUACCUCAGUCUGUCGUCGCGGCCCUGUUUGGACGAGCUGCUGCCCAGCAUCUCCGACUGCAUCGCUCUGGAGGCCGCAGACGCCGCAGACGCCGCAGACGCUGCAGACGGCAGUCCUGACACCUUCACACAGCAGCAGCAGCAGGUUAAAGAGCUGAGGGAGACUGUCAACACUCUACUGGAGGACAAGAAGAACUUCAUGUGUCAGAUUCAUGAUCAGCAGACACGCAUCGAGGAGCUCAGUGUACAGGCUGAGAAAAGUCAGGCAGAGAUGAAGGAGCUUCGCCAAACUAUCGAUCAGCAGAAUAAAACCAUCAAGAGGUUCAACAGAGUGUCCAUGAUGGCGGCUCAAGAGUACGAUGGAAUGAAGGAGCAGCUGGACUUGGAGCAAAGUCUCAGAGUCAAAGCUGAGACAUUCGCACACGAGAUGCUGGUGAAGCAGAAGGAGGCCAACAGACAGAGCAUGGUUCUCCUGCAGAGUUCUGAUCCCACCGUUCAGCUCCUCAAAGCUCUGGAGGAUGUCGCUGCCGUCACAAAGACCCUGGAGGAGGAACGUCUGCAGCAUCAGCAGGAGGUACACCUGUAGGAGGAGCGUCUGCAGCAGCGCGGCGUGCAGCAGCAGCUGGAGGCUCUGCAGAGGCAGCUGGAGCUGCUGGAGGUCGCCAAGAAGGAGGUGGAGGCUCGACUGGAGCAGGAGGAGAACAAGAACCAGGAGCUGCAGAAAAGAGUCCUCCAGUUGCAGGAGACACAGAGGGAGGUCGCCAUGACGACCAACACGGCCCCUCCUCCCCCUGAACCAGGGGUCGCCCCGCCUCCUGUCCCUCCACCACAGCCACCUCCUCCCCCCUCCAGAUGCAACCCCCUUAGCUCUCUGAUCGUUAUCAUGAGGAAAUCGUCCAAAGGCUCAAAGUCCUCUGUGAAGACGGAGCAGCCUCCAGUGGUGGAGGGCGAGGACGUGAAGGCGAAGGCGGUGAACGAAAUGAUGGAGAGGAUCAAACACGGAGUCGUCCUGAGACCUGUCAAGAGUCAGGACAGUAAGAGAGCAGCAGUUAAACCUCCUCCUCCUGCUCCUCCUCUAUGUGAGGAGAAACCUCAGGAGAGCGCCAUGGAGGAGCUGAAAGGCAUCCUGGAGACGGUAAAGAGGAGUCCCAGUCGUGGCUCUCAGGAGGCGGCGCCGUCUCCACCCACCAAGAAGGACAGCGAGCUGGAGGUCAUCCUGAGACGCCGCCGCAACAAGGCGGGAGAGUCUGGCUGCACAGACGAGCAGGAUGGACAGAUGAGCCAGGUGUCCUCUUCAGACAGUCUGAAUGGGAGACGCACAAGCAGUGAUUCAGGCAGGGAUCCAGAGGGUACGGGGGGACUAAGUGUCCCUCUGGAUUCUUCAGGUCCCCGGGUCAGUCCAGAGCGACGGGGGUCAGGACCAGGGCCCCUAGUGUCCCGCAGGAAGAGCACGGAGACAGGCAGGGGGGACAGAGUGGGCUCCUGGCAGGAUAGGAUGUCCUGCAGCUCCCUGACUGAGACGGAGACAGACAAGACACUGCUCAGCAACGGCUGCAUCAACAGCGUGGGGGAUGGCCAUCACAAUGGGACGGAGCCGUGUGUCCAGUCAAACGGAGUCCAACAUGCCAAGUCCCAUGAGGAUGCACACACCCCUGUCUGCAGCAUCCCAGUGGACGGCAGCAGCAGUGCAGAGUGUUAGGCCACCGUCUGAGUGUCCCGCCUCGUCUCGUCUGAUGCGAGCUCUCAUUGGCUGAUGUGAGAGUGAUGUCACCAACUCUGACAUCAGAAGGGUCGGGGUGCGUUCACACCGUCUGUCCAUCAGCUCACAGCGUUCACUUUGUCCUUUAUAUUUACACUAAAAUCA